GAGGGAACAUACACUACGUGUUCGGAUUCGCGAGGGAGAGGAGUCCGGUGUAUGAACACGCGAGCAUAAACGACUCAAUCUUUUCACAAACGAUUUGCUUUAGUUUAUGUCCAACCUUCGGUGGACGCGCUCCUAUUUUUGCCUGUGCUCUCUUUCUUUCUUUUUUCCUCUUUCCUUCCUUUCUUCCUUCCUUCCUUCCUUCCUUCCUUCCUUCCUUUCUUCCUUUCUAUUUUUUCCUUUUCCUUUUUCUUUCUCAUUUUGGUAUUUUUUUUUUCUCUCUACUUGUAGAUAUUUUUCUCCUAAUAAUUUAUCCCUUUGCACAUUCAGACAUUUUUGAACGAGCAAAGAAAAACAUGCGGAAACAUUUCAGCCUAUAAGAAUUUGGAAAUAACAGGGAAAUACAAUAUUUAGAUAAAUAAUUGUUUGUUUGGGGGAAUCUCCAGUGUGGUAAAGAAGAAGAAGAAGAAGAAGAAGAAAGAAAGCAAGCAAGCAAAGUAACCCUCCCUUCGCGUCCUACUCCUCUUACCACGAUUUUCGCGAACAACGGGGCUGAUCGAUAGCAUCGGGUUAAAAGGGAAAGCUAGCUAUCCUCAAACUCGAUAUAUCUGACAAUUUCAAUAUUAUUUAUAUUUUGUCUUCAUUUCUUUUAUUCGCACAUUAAACGACAACUAAAUAAAAGAUUAAAGGUAUCGGAAAUUUCAAAGAAAAACAUCAACAAGAGAAAUUCUACCUUUUACGAUCUCGCUCGAUUCUUCCUCCUUAGUUAGAAAUUUCGAAAUAGGAUAAAGUUAUCUUAAGUCAAAAGCCAUUGGUCGACGAUCUCUUGGCGCAUUUACUCCCCUUCCAAUAAUUUCUCUCAAGUUCUCCACGGUGGUGAAUACGCGCGAGUGAGAAAAGAAAAAACGCUUUGUGUUUCUGCGAACGUGACUCCGUUAACCACGUGGACGCUGUUAACUGAUACGAAUAGGAUGGUUUACCUGUUCCCCCGUUCGUCAUUUCAUUUUAGAGAAAGAAAGAGUCAUGAUAAAUCAAAUAGAUUGUGAUUUAGAAGAGAUUUGUUCUUUGACAUGAUCGAAGCAACGAUAUAGAUCAAUGAAAUCGAUCGAUCAUUAGUGACGUGGUGAAAAACAACAACAAGAAAAAAAAAAAAGAAAAAAAAGAAGGAAGAAUCGAGUGAGUGGUUGUGUUUAAUAUCGGCGGUGGUGGUCAUUCUUUACUUAUUGUUAGCAUCGCGAACUGCGGGGAACUACGAGUGGAAGUUAAAGAAGACCGGGGAGAAAAAGGAAUUGAUUGAUUUACGAUUAUUAAGAAUUUGUUCUUGAUUCAUACGACACAAAUCGAAUACAAGGGUUUGAUCGUAAUGGUAAAAAUGUCUCCGGAUUACGUCAAAGCCGUCGAAGGUGGUGUACAACCAACACAGAUUAUAGAGACGAAAAUCUACACGAGAAGAUGGCUAAUCUUGAUGAUUUUCGUAAUAUACAGUGCCAGCAACGCGAUGCAAUGGAUUCAAUACAGUAUCAUAGCGAACAUUGUCGAACGAUAUUACAAAGUUACGAGUGUUCUAGUGGAUUUGACGAGUAUGAUAUUUAUGAUAGCGUACAUACCGUUCAUAUUUCCAGCCAGUUAUCUUCUCGACAAAUUUGGUUUACGAGUGGCUGUUAUAGCGGGUGCAAUUGGAACGGCAAUCGGUUCAUGGAUCAAAGUUUUUAGCGUUUCGCCAAACUUAUUUUGGACUGCUUUCCUUGGUCAAACAAUUGUUGCCAUUAGUCAAACUUUUGUUCUAUCGGUUCCUUCACGAUUAGCAGCCGUUUGGUUCGGUCCUGAUCAAGUUAGUAGUGCCUGUAGCAUCGGCGUUUUUGGAAAUCAGUUGGGUAUAGCCAUUGGUUUUCUAUUUCCGCCUAUAUUAGUACCAAACAGUGAUGAUCCUGAUCUAGUCGCACGCGGUUUUCAGAUUAUGCUUUAUAUCGUUGCUGCUAUCACAUCACUCGUAUUGGUAUUAAUACUUCUCUUCUUUAAAGCCCAACCACCCCUUCCUCCCAGUCCCGCUCAAGCAGUACAAAGGGAUAACGAAUCUGCGGAAGAUUUUAUUCAAUCCGUUAAAAGACUCCUCACCAACGUAGGAUACCUGUUGCUUUUAUUGAGCUAUGGAAUAAACGUCGGAAUAUUCUACGCUAUCAGUACGCUUCUGAAUCAAAUCAUUUUAGAAUAUUUCCCGGGACACGAGGAAGAUGCUGGUAGAGUUGGUUUGACCAUCGUAUGUGCUGGAAUGUUAGGCUCCGUUGUCUGUGGUAUCGUGUUAGAUAAAACGCAUAAGUAUAAAGAAACAACACUAGGAAUUUAUAUCUGCUCCUUCUUGGGAAUGAUCAUUUUCACCUUUACUCUAGACAUCGAUCGAAUAUACGUUGUUUAUAUCACAUCCGCUGUACUUGGAUUUUUCAUGACUGGUUAUUUACCGGUUGGUUUCGAACUCGCUGCUGAAUUAACAUAUCCAGAACCAGAAGGAACGUCUGCGGGAUUGCUCAACGCGGUGACACAGGUAUUUGGUAUACUCUUCACGAUCCUCUACCGCUAUCUGAUCAAACUUCUCGGCGAUUUAUGGGCAAAUAUAAUUUUAUGCAUCGCCUUAGCAAUCGGAGCCUUUUUCACAACAAUAAUACCAAAUGAUCUUAGAAGACAGAACGCCAAAUUCUAAAACACGGAACGAAAGUACAAAUGUCAAUUCUUUUAAGCUGGGAAUAUCAAGAGAACCUAUUUUUGCGAAGAUUUCAAUGACGACGAUAAAUAACAUCGUUUACAUAAUUGUUAUAGAAAUGUUUUAUCAUCAAAUUAUUUAUUGUGUUAGAGUUAAAAAAGAACGUUAAGUACCUACUUGCAAUCGAGAGAAUGAAUCUAUUCAAAUGUUAUAGUGGUAAUGAGAUGUGCGUCACUAUCGAUGCUCCAAAGAUUUUUAUUCAAGUAGAAAUUAGACUAACUAAUUAGAAAUUAUGAAACAUUAAUUCCACAAUUUGUAGACGAAUAUUUUUUCGCCGAGAUAUAUGAUAUACACAUAUAUUUUUUUAGAUGUGUGAACACAAAACAAAAAGGAAAAAG